UUGGUAAGAUUAAGUGCGCGAUGGAAAUUAAAAGUAUUAAUUCAGUUCUGCACAGGACGUAGAUGUUGGUGAAUUAAUUAGGAUUAGUUCGCUAUCGCAAAAUUCUUGUUCAACAUGAAGUAACGAAGUAAAUUAAAUAUGUGCAAUUUGUGCAAUUAAAAUUAAUUCGUUACAAAAUUCUCGUUGAUUUUAAAAUGCAAAUAGUAAAAUUGGAAGUAUUUGGAACGCUCUGAAUCAAUAUCUAGUUAUCUUUAGUGAUAAUUUUUACGGCUUGUUAAUAUUCUCGAUCGUAGAAAACCGAUUCGCAUGUAGUAUGUUUCUUGUAUACCUACCUGGAAUAUUUUUCGUAUAAUUCAAAAAUUGUAAAAUGGUUUUUGGUUUAGGUCACCUAAAGUCACUGGGUGUAAACCCAGCUCCGUCGGUUGGACGUUCCUUUCUGGUCUCCUUAUGCAUGGGAAUAGUAUUUGGUUUUACGUUUGCCUACGUACUGUUUCAUCUUACCGAUUAUCAUCUCAGAGGAAUAAGUUUGAUUCCCGAAUGGAGAAGCGAACCAAGUUCGCAGUCGCAUUUGGAUCGUCAUAGCCAUAAUGACAAGCUACAUCAUCAUGAAUCUUUAACGUUUGCUUUAAAAAAUCACGACGAUUCCCAGCAUUUGGAAGACGAAGCGUCGGUGGCGAAUAUGUUGAAGGAAAAAGUACGCGUUUUGUGUUGGGUCUUAACAAAUCCCGAUAAUCACAAAAAAAAGGCAAUUCAUGUAAAAGCCACUUGGGGAAAACGGUGUAAUACUUUGCUUUUUAUGAGCAGCGCUUUAGACGAAGAACUUCCUACUAUUGCUUUGCCGGUUGGUGAAGGUAGACACAAUUUAUGGGGAAAAACGAAGGAAGCUUUUAAACACAUAUACCAACAUUAUAGUGGUAGUUAUGAUUGGGUUAUCAAAGCAGACGACGAUACUUUUGUUAUCUUGGAAAAUUUACGAUAUUUAUUGAAGGAUUACGAUCCAGAUAAACCCAUGUAUUUAGGAUGUAAAUUUAAACCGUACGUUAAACAAGGCUAUAUGAGCGGAGGAGCUGGAUAUGUGUUAAGUCGAGAAGCGGUGCGAAGAUUUGUGGUUAAUGCACUGAAUGAAUCGGGUUGUCGGCAAGAUAAUGGAGGGGCAGAAGAUGUUGAAAUGGGAAAUUGCUUGGAAAUGGCUGGAGUUGAAGCGGGAGAUUCUCGAGAUCAUCUUGGCCGAGGCCGUUUUUUCCCGUUCGUUCCGCAACAUCAUUUGAUUCCUGGCCAUACCGACAAAAGUUUCUGGUACUGGCAAUAUAUUUAUUAUCCAGCGGAGGAGGGUAUGAACUGUUGUUCUGAUACUGCCAUUUCGUUCCAUUACGUACCUCCUUCUGAAAUGUAUGUUUACGAAUACUUCCUGUAUCACCUGCGACCAUACGGUAUAUCGCAUAAUAGUGGUACUAAUUAUCUCAUUUCAAAUACACCUAGAAAAAAAACUAAUAGAAGUGUUGCUGUAACGAAGUCGUGAAUUGCUGAGAUAGCUGCAGUACUGACUCCAAAUUUCUAGUUGCCAAAAAUUCAUCAGUAAUGGUUACCAUUUUUAGUCAUUAUAUCGUAAAAAUUGGCUACGUAAUUAAUGUAUGUAAAUGAUGGGUACUUUUAAAGUUUGUUGCAUAUCUAUGGGUUACAUUAGGCGUUUUUUGUCGGAUAUCAAUCUAUCGGAAUUUUGAGCGGAAUUGUUUUUAAAAAAUCUGUUUCGUUCGUGGUUCUAGCCAUCAUUUUUUGGCAUGUUUGGACAGAUUUGUAUCGCAAAGCGAUGGUUUUUUUGAAUUGUUUGCGUUAAACACAUACCUAGUUUAAAUGAGUAGGUGAUAUUCUUAAUGAGUAAUUCGUUAAUAUUGUCGUUACUAAUCAUUAUUGUUUUCUUGGAAUAACCAGGAAGUACCAUUACGAUUGAUUGAUGUGAAAUGUGUUUAUGGUAAAAUAUGUACUUCAUUUAUCGUUUAUAUGUAGGGUUUAUAACAUUUGAAACGUACUUGAAUCGAAUACUUUCAUAUAUUUUUGAAACUUUCUUUUUUUUAAAUUAUUGUUAAGUCGAAUUCUCUAGUGAACUGACUGAAAGUAUAUGUAUGUGUUGACUGUAGUGUGUAUAUGAGUAGAUUGCGUACGAAAGUAGAUCGAAAGAAAAAUUAUGAUCAACAUAAUUUAAUCAUUUUCGAAUGUUGAAAAUAUUUUUAUAGUAAUUUAUUUCUAUGUUGUAAGUUUUUACAUUCCAGUAAUGCGUUCUCUCUAAGUGCAUUUGAUUAAUUUUUAAACCUUGUUUAUUCCCAAAGGUAAAUAUUUCUAAAUGAGAAAUUGCGCCAAAAAUUAUGUCUACUUACCUACUAAAAAAACUAUCAUGAUUUUCAAUUUUUUCCUUCAGUGGGUAAUACAUGUUUUAUAUUUUAUAUAUCUUUGUUAUUAAUUCAUUCAAUGUUUGUUGUUCGAUAAUUUUAUAAUAUGACUUGUCUUUUUUGAUUAAUUGUGAAAUUUUGACUAAUGUAAUUAAUUUUUAUAGAUAUUUUUUUAUUGAUCUUAUGAAUCAGCUCACCAACGCUCUUAAUUUAUAUUAUCUACUCUUUAAUCGAUUGUGAAAGUAAUCCGGUGUCAUUAUGAAAAUCCUUCUUUAUGAUUUCUUCAAUUAUCUAUUUCUGUUGAUUUUUUUGUUUUUUUCCAAAAUUUUGUUAUUUAUUCGUAUGAUAAAUCUAUUGCGAAUCUCGCGAUGUUAUUAUAUUUUUCAUGCGUGAAAAUGUCUAAAAAAUAUCAACUUUCAUUAAAUGUAGUUAUCAAAAUUACGCAAAUGCCUAUGUCUAAUAAACUAUUACAUAUUUAUUUAUAUUACUAAAUUGCCAUUAAAAUGGCGAAAUAACUUUCCGGUGGUUGAUUUUGACGACAUUAUUAGACUGAAAUGAUGAAUAUAUGGAUCUCAGACGUGGUUUUAAAAAAAUAACUGAAAAGAAAUGAUCGUAAAAUUUGAGUUUAUCUCUUUGCGAUGAAACGUUACUCUGAAAUAUGUGAUUUAUACGAAAUGAUAAGAGUUCUUUACGCCCUGCACAUUGAGGUAAAAUGUCUUGAAAAGUGUUGAGUGUGAGAUUUUUAUCUCUUUUGAACUUUCAUUUUUUGACCAGAGUUGUUUUUAUUAAAAAUAUUCUCUUUAUUUUAUAUUUAUUAUAGUUUGCCGGUUUUCUGUGACGACGUUAAAAUUUAUCUACUUAUUGUCUUUUUGUGAAUUUUUUCAUUGCAAGCAUGAAACCCAUUAUGUUCAUUCAACUUUUAGCCGUCAAAAUACGUAAACUCGAGUCUUGUGUGAAAAUUUUUCUAUUUAUGAUUAAGUAUCUGUCUUUUAUCAGUUCGAAGAGCGAAUAAUUUGCAUGUUUCUUCCCACUACAUUUUCAUAUCAAAAUAAAUUUUUUAUAUCGGAAUAAUUCUAGUAUACUUAAUAUUUUAAUUUUCAACUAGUCAAAUAUCAAAUUCUUUAAUGUAAUAAUUAUAUUUUUUUAUUCGCAGAAGGAAUAUAUUUUAUUUGCGA